AUGUCUCAGAGGUCAGUGUCAAUUUUGGCCUUUGCUGCGGGCUAUAAAGAAAAUGUCCCAGAGAUAGCGGAGUUCCUGCCAGUUUCUCAUGGUACAAGAGCUGUGCGUUUUGCGGAUGGUCGAGUGGAGGAAGAUGUUGAUGCGAUUUUAUUCGCUACAGGCUACUACUAUUCUUUUCCAUUUCUUUCCUCUUCGCUUGAAUCUAAACUCAUAUCAACAGGGGAAAGAGUACAGCAUCUGUACAAGCAUUUGUUCUAUAUAGAUGAUCCUACUAUAGCUUUCAUCGGUCUUCCUGCGAAGAUCAUUCCUUUCCGAACAGCCGAAGGGCAAGGGGCCGUCGUAGCUCGCGUAUGGGCUGAUAGGCUUGAUCUUCCUUCGACGUCGGAGAUGAGUAGGUGGGAAGAGGACGUCGUCGCGGAACACGGUGUUGGCAGAUCGUUUCAUGUUCUGUCAUUUCCAAAAGACAUCGACUACCAUAAUGAACUAGUAGAUUGGGCAACGCGUGCUACUGGUCGAGGAGGCAAGAUGUCAAUGAGAUGGUCAGCGAAAGAAAGAUGGGCGAGAGAGAGGUUUCCGGCUAUAAAGAAGGCCUUUGCAGAUGAAGGGGAUGCUCGUCAUGAUAUCAAGACUUUACAGGAGCUCGGGUUUGAUUACGAUGCGUGGCUCAGGGAGCAACUUCCACAGAAUGGCGUAGAAGCAGGACAUUCCUAA